GUCACAUUAAAAUUUAUAAGAAAAAAUGAGACAAAGCAUUGAUAAAACCAGAAGACAUCUUCUAUUUCUUGAAACUAGUACUCAAAAUAAAAUGGUGUCAAACUUCUGAGAGUUUUCUUUGGAUGAACAAUCAAGAGAAAAACUCACACCAAAAUGUGUAGUUGAGCGGGAAGCCAAUAUAUCAAAGGAGGUUUCAUUAAAAGCAAGAAUCUGACCUGAUCUAGCAGAUCUUAAAAGAUUCUCCUUCCAGAAUGUACACGAAAUUGCAAAAAAACCCUUAAUUGAGCGUGCCUAUUCAGAAGAUCCACAAAAGCCAACUCUUGAAAGAAUAAAUACAAUAACAUAUGCUCAGCCAGAUUCGCCGAUGAGCAUUAAUUCUCACCAAAGAGACCACGAGCUGACUUCUAAAAUGGAAGAUGCUGUCAAUAUUCUUCAAUCACUCGCAAUAAACUUCUCCAAUCCUCUGAAUAAGACAGCUAUCUCUAGCCCUCAAAGUAAAGAUGAAUUUGCAAAGCCCCACUCCAAAUUGCUAAGAAGAGUAAAGAUCGAAUCAAAGAAGAAUCGGAAGAAUAUAGUUGAAAUAACUCGUAGACUUACCGACAUAGCUGAUAUGCUAGAUGCUAAAUCUAACACAGACUCAACUACCUCAGUUACCUCUAAAAGGAAGAAGCGGAAAGUAAAGAAAGCAAGAAGACUAAACAGCGGAUAUGAUAUUGUCACUGAAGAAAAUCUUCAUAAGCAUGAAUACUCUAAAAAGCCAACUUGUAAAAGUGACGAGGAAACAUUUAUCAUAUCAAAGAAGAAAAGAUACUCCUUGCAGUCUAACCGUAAAGGGACGAAUGAGUCUUCUGGUCUUAAACUCAGCCUGAACAAGUGUCCUUUAUUUACCGAGAUCAAUCAAAAUAUGUGAUGCAAUAGCAAUUACUCGAACAACAAAGAAAUAUUUGACCAGCCUCCUCAAAAGCUAGAAGAGGAGAUGUCUUAUCUGAGAGCUUAUUCCCUAAAGAAGUCUAGCAAUUUAAGCAGUCUGGAAGAUUCAGAAUUACUCAGUUGAGCAGUUCAAAAAUCAUGAAAAUCUCUCAAAAGAAAGAGCUUUAAGAAAAAGAGAAAAGAUAAGAAGCUACUUUCUUCAAGAGUAAAGGAAGGAUCCGGGUCUGAUUCUUUCAAAUUCUCUCUUUUUAGAGCAGACCAAAUGAAAGAGAUGCUGAACUCUUUGUCAAAUCUAGAGUCAAACCAGAGCAAUUAUUCAUCAACAACUUUAUCACCCUCUCCAGCUAAGAGAAUAAAAGAUUAA